AUGGCAACCCUGUAUAGAACCAUAGAACGAAUCGAAGAACAAGAAUUAUCGCGAAACGUAAAUUAUAAACCGCUUUGUUAGGUUCUAUCAAAGUAAACAUUAUUGAUUUCUUGUUUAUUUUAUCUCAUAUUUUUAAUUUGGUGAAUAUUGACUACAAAAUGGAUCUACUCGACCUUCCAAUUAUUAUAGUUGAGCAUAUUAUCUCCCAGCUUACAUACGACGAGAUGGCUAAAUAUCGACUGGUGUGUAAAGCAUUCAAUGAGAUAUGCAUGCGUAAGCUUACGAGAGGAUUCCACAUGAUAGAAAAACGGCAUGCAUUGGCUUUGAAGACUGUUAAAACACAGUUACCCCGAAGAGAAUCUGAACGAAGAUAUCAUCCCUUAGCACGUCAUUGUGAUAUUCUAACAUCAAUCGAGACAAGAAUAUCAAUGCUAAAUAUGACAUAUUCCAAGUUUAUUGACAGCGGAAUGUGCUGUUUCAUACCUGGAAGGGUUAUAGAUGAAAUUCAACGUAUUCUGGAAGUAGUAGAAACUAAUAAGAGUCCACCUCGAGCACACGAAGUGCUCCAAGAGUUGAGAGACAUCUCGAGUAUGGCGAUUGAACAUUUUGACGAUAAAAUCUCACCGGAGUUCAGGAAACGACUUCAAGAUAUUACUGUGACUAUACCGAUACCAAGACCUGUAUCUGUGGCCACAAUACAAGAGCAUAAUACAGCAUCGCGACAAGAAUUUAUCCAUUUACGACAAAUGUCGACGGCGAACGCUAAGCUAUCGCUUUUUAUGUCGUCGCAGUACAAAAUGUUUUAUAAACGGAUAAUGUUAUAUAAACGCAUAGCGCUGCGACACAAGAAGACUAUCAGAGAACUCACUAAACGGCAACGAGAACAAGAUGCGGCCAUUUGUGAGUUAAAAAAACGUUUAGAUGAAUGUGAUAUAAAAUAUAAUGAAAUAACUCAUACAAACCAGGCUGUUGGGGGAAAAGCUAUUGCUGAAUCUAAAGUAACUGGAGUAUCAAAAUCUCAGUCUUUAAGACAUUUUGGAAGUCAAAUUAAACUUGACCUCUCUUUACUGCCGAUUGGAAACUCCAAACUUAACCAGAAAUUACUUCCUAAUAUAAAACCUCGUAAAGCACAAGUCAAACUCCCUACAUUUGAUGACAGUGACAGUAAAGAGAGCCAUGUCCCCUCCCCUUCCGUCCCCUCCCCUUCCACCUGCGGCAGCAGCGGCACGAGGACCAGGGCGCAGAUGAGAGGCUUAGCAUAUGAAAUAACAGCGUUAAGUAAUAAUUUAUCCAAAAGCUUGGAAAAUAAAACAAAGAGAACAAUAUAUCGUCAAGAUAAUGGAGAAGCUAAAAGGCAGAGAUUCGAAUGAAAUAAUUCAAGUUUUGAAAUGCAAACUAGAUGGCGUUGUCACUAGAGUUUCAAUUUGUACUUCGCUAGAUGGCGUUGUUACUAAAUUGUAAUGUUUGUACCGAUAGAUGGCGUUGUCACUAAUUGGAAGGAAACUUGUCACUAAUUUUAAAGCAAUAAAUGUUGUCAUUAAUAUUAGAAAAAAUUGAUAGAUGGCGUUGUUUUAAAUAUUAAAAUCUCUUGCUUAGUUUAAAAUUUUGUCGGUUGUGUUAUAAUUGUGAGUAAACUGUUUAUGUAAGGUAUAUGAAGUUAAGAUAUCUUUUAACUUAAGUAGUUUCUGUAAUAAUUAUUUGUGUGGCGAUGUUAGUUUUUUUAAUAUAAAUAUCACGCGGUCGUUCAUUUUUUUAACUUUUUAAUAGUGUUUAUUUAAUUAUGCCAGUCACAAAAUCAAUACUCUUUAUUGAACGUGUUAUAAAAAAUUAGUUUCACCAAUAGAUGGCGUUGUAGCAAAAUGAUAAAUUUUCUGACUACCGUCAAAAUUUAAGUUCUAUAAUUUUAUGAAAUAGGUUUCUUACAUUUUUGUAUUUUAUACAUCUUUUGGCUUUGACCAAAUUUAUAUAUUCGCUAACUUUCAAUAAAAAUUUCAUCUACCCACAUUUUUAGGGUAUUUUAUUAGAAAUAGUUUUAUAAAAUGAAUAUUAUUGUAGUGUUAUUUAGAUCUCUUCUAAUAAAAAGCUUAUUCUAUAGUGCCAAAAUAAAUUGGACUUUUUAAGCUAGUUUCGGUUAUGUUAUAAUAAAGUGACACUAAAAAAAUAUUUAAAU